UUGUUUUAAUUCCAAAAUUAAUGUAAAAUACAGGAAAAAGCAAAAUUAACACACACUACUUUUCUCUCGCCUCCACCUUUCUCCACACUCCUUUUGAUUUGCUAAUAUUUCAUCCGCUAAAGAAAGACCAAAAGAUUAACGAUGAGAGGAAGAGAAGGAAAAGAAGAGUCGGAGUCGAGGAUUCCACUGUUGAAAGGCCCUCACACGGCGGAGGAAGACGGUGGAGAAUUGAAGAAGAGAGUUUGGGUUGAGACAAAAAAGCUAUGGCGAAUCGUUGGUCCUGCUAUGUUCAGUAGAUUAACAACAAACUCGAUACUUGUAAUAACUCAAGCUUUCGCUGGACAUCUCGGAGAUCUCGAACUCGCCGCAAUCUCCAUCGUCACUAACGUCAUCCUCAGCUUCAACUUCGGCCUCUUGCUUGGAAUGGCGAGUGCGUUGGAAACGCUGUGUGGACAAGCGUUUGGAGCGAAGAAGUAUUACAUGUUGGGAGUUUACAUGCAGCGUUCUUGGAUUGUUCUCUUUUUUUGUUGUGUCUUGUUGUUGCCGACUUAUCUUUUCACAACUCCGGUUCUCAAGUUUCUCGGCCAACCGGACGAUAUCGCUGAGCUUUCCGGUGUCGUUUCCGUUUGGGCCAUCCCUCUCCAUUUCGCCUUUUGUUUGGCUUUACCGCUUCAACGUUUCCUCCAGUGCCAGCUCAAAAACCAAGUGACUGCGUUUUCAGCUGCGGUUGCAUUGGUGGUUCACAUAUUAACGUGUUGGUUGUUCGUGAGUGGGCUUAAACUCGGAGUGAUGGGGACUAUGGCCACGGUUGGUAUAUCUUGGUGGGUCAGUGUUCUUAUUCUAUUAGCUUACUCCACUUGCGGUGGCUGUCCACUUACUUGGACUGGCUUCUCCUCCGAAGCCUUCACUGGACUUUGGGAGUUUCUCAAACUCUCUGCUUCUUCUGGCGUCAUGCUUUGUUUGGAGAAUUGGUACUAUCAAAUUUUGGUAAUAAUGACUGGAAAUCUUCAGAAUCCUCGAAUUGCCGUUGACUCUCUGUCUAUAUGCAUGACGAUAAAUGGCUGGGAGAUGAUGAUUCCUCUUGCUUUCUUCGCCGGGACCGGUGUACGUGUGGCGAACGAAUUAGGAGCAGGUAAUGGAAAAGGAGCAAGAUUUGCGACGAUUGUAUCAGUGACUCAGUCGUUAAUAAUCGGAUUAUUCUUUUGGGUGAUAAUAAUGCUUUUUCAUAACCAAAUCGUUUGGAUCUUCUCUUCAAGUGACGCGGUCUUAACGGCCGUUAAUAGACUUACCAUUCUGUUAGCUUUUACCGUUCUUCUUAACAGCGUUCAACCGGUUCUUUCCGGUGUCGCGGUUGGGUCGGGUUGGCAAUCCUACGUGGCAUAUAUAAACUUGGGAUGUUACUAUUGCCUCGGAGUUCCAUUUGGGUUUUUAAUGGGCUGGGUUUUUAAAUUCGGCGUUUUGGGAAUUUGGGCUGGUAUGAUGUUUGGAGGAACCGCAGUUCAGACAAUGAUUUUAAUUUUUAUCACGACGAGGUGUGACUGGGAAAAUGAGGCGCAGAUAGCAGUUGCGCGUGUUAACAAAUGGUCCAAAUCAAUAGACUGAAGAUUUAUUGAACUGAAAUAAUAAAGAAUUUUGCAAACAUCUCAGCAAAAUUUUCUGAAGUGUGAAUCACCUUUGUAAAUAUUUUUCCCAGCAUAAACCAAAAAGUCAGCACAUAUAUUGGAUAUACAUAGUUUUAUUACUAAACCGGUUUAGUCGGUUAAGGUGUUUAUUGGAUAUAUUUGAGACCACAUUAACCUUUGUCUACAUUCUAGCCUUAUUGGAUGUCAAAUUCUUAAAUGUCGUUUAAAUAUAUACGAUUCUUUCUAAAC